AUGCCUUCUGCUGGCCCAGAGGAGCUAGAUACCCGUUUGGAUGCCCCCGUCGCCAUGACUUCCGAUCUUAGCCUCUCCACGCCUCAACGGCCUAGAGCCGCAACUUCCACCCUCCCAGCCAUGCCUCAAUUACCCACUUUACAACAGUCAUUGCGAGGCCCCAGAUCUGCUCAUGGGGGAAGCCCACCACUGGGAUCAAAUGAGCAAGAGGUGACCAGAUCGGCCCAGGGGCCACUACGACAUCCAAAGCCUCUAACUCCUUCAGAUCUGCAUCUUGUCCUGGAAAAAGAGCAGGAGGCGAUGGUCAAUCGAUUAACGCGCGAGCUCUCCCUUCUCCGCCAACAGACUGCCUCCGUGGCAUCCACAACAUCUUCCACCUCAACCUUGAAUGAAUCCACCGAAGGUGUUCAUGGCUCUCCGUCUUUGACCGGCUCUACAAAUUCCCUUUCAUCUCGUCGACAGCGCUCCUCCUCUAGUCUGGGCUCCCACGCCCCCUCGGUUCAUGGAAGUCAAGCAAGCGUCACAGGAAUAGCCCCCUCUCGAACGGCGGAUCCUCACCGAUCCACACGAAGCCGUGAACCAUCGCUCUCUCAUCGCCGCCCAUCGGUCGGAUCACUCAGCUCAUACACGCAGCAUCCCCACCCAGACCACAUCGCCCAUUACGGAAGUCCCUCUAUCUACCCCCAUCGUAACUCGGUCUCCCAGACUCACCUGGGCCUAUCGAGUAGCUCUCUCGCUCGAUGCGAGGAGGUCGCAACGCACAGAUCGGAGCUAGAAACCGCCAGACGGGAGAAUGAACAGCUGAGACGGCGUGUUCGAGAGCUUGAACAAAUUUUGAAGAAGCAGAAGGAGAGACCUGCCGAUUCAUAA